AUGCGGCUGAGCUCCGAGCUACUCAUUUCAUUGGUUCCGUCGUUGACUUUAUAUCAUUCUUCUAAUCGUUUGAAACCUCUUGAAAACAGUGAUUGGCGUGUUACUGUUGGCUGCAAUUUGGAUAUGAGCUCUGUAUGUGGUGGGUUGAAUUACAAAGAUGCAGAGUCCCACAGCUCUGCUUCGUCUCCCAAUAAAUGUUGUAAUAAUGGCUCAAAUCAUGUCUAUGUUACUGGUUCUGACGAUGGUGGUUAUAUACACCAAUGUGUGAAUCAAGACUCCACCAAACCCACCCCAGAGCCCUUACCUCUCAAGUCUUCGGAUGAUGAUGUUGAAGGUGAAGGUGAAGACAAGAACCUUGCCACCUCUGAAAGUAUGAGUGCUAAAACCAUCAUCCCAGCCAUUAAAGGAAGCCGAGAGAAGAAUGGCAAGCCUCUCGAGAAGCUGAGUGUGUCAUGGGCUGAAGAUGUUUACGAUCCUCCACUCUCCCUUGUAUCUCACACCAGGAGCAAGAAACAGCAACCUCAGAAAUCAAAGAGCUUGAAGAAUAAUGGAAAGAAAGGGCAAAAUGGAAGCAGCAAUUCAUCGUCGUCAUCAUCAUUAUCCCGUGGCAGCAAAGACAAGAAAUAUUCUUCUUCUUGCAGCAAACAUAGUCGUGAUAAUAAGUUCGGAUGGGACACACAAACGUCUAUUGUAGCCGCAUCUUCUUGA